UUACGUGUGGUUUCUGAUUACUAAUCCGGCAUUCGGAUCGCACAGACAAGCGAGCUUACCGACUACAGUACCUCAACACUGCCAUCUGGAUUGUAAUUUGUGCACAAGAUUGCUUUGUCUGAAGGUACGUGUACGCAUUUGAGGAUAAUCUUUCAAUCUUUUGUACAAGAGAGUACAUGUACUGUUGAUUAAUAUUUCGUGCAGAUUGGCUCUACAGCUCGCAAUGGCGUCAGUGAAUUUAACCACCAGACCACCGAUUUCUUCAAGGAGUACAACUCCAAAAACCUCUACAACGGGGAAAAAUCCUUCCUCGACAGGGAAAAAUCCUUCAUUGACGGGGAAAAAUCCUUCCUCAACUCACGCACAUAAGACAUCUCAUAAUGAUGUGCAUCAUCAGAGUUCCAGUUCUGGUGGCACAAAAAGGCCAGCGGCUAUACAGAAUUCAGGCGACAGUGUACACAACGGCCAACUCUCCAAGAGUACUCCGGCAUCGGGAGUGACCAUGAAAAAGCCUGUCGCAAGACCACGAUCUGGGAGUGGGGUGCAGCAUGGUGACACGACAAAACACGGAGCCAUUACCCAUGCAUCCAAGACCACUCUCUCAAAACAAGGGUCAGGAGACAAGACUCCAAAUGGCAACCCGCCGAAGCGAGUUCCCAUAUCUAGUUCAUCCAAACCGACCGUUGCAAAGCGGGGAUCAGUUGACGGAGCGAAAAGCGCCACUCCCGGCCCAACAAAUCGUCUGGGUGUUAAAACGACUGUCUCCAAACAAUUAUCAGCUGAUCAGAUACACAAUGGCAGAUCCUCCAAGCCGCUAUCGGCUGCGAGAGUCGCCGUCCCCAGAAAAGCCUCUAGUGAUGGCUCGCUCAACAGUGAAAGCUCCAAACGUGGGUCUACCUCUUCCUCACCCAGGAAUUCUGUCUCGAGGCAGCGAUCGGGUGACAUUCCUUCCAGUUCACUGAGGAAACCAAUUCCAUUGCCACGUUCAGUAGAACAAAAGUCAGGUUUAAAACGUCAGAUCGUAUCAACCCAUCAGACUUCCACAAUAAGUGCAAAGAAACCGAUUGUUCCCACUCGACAAACUGCUUCAAAUGGAGCAAAAGCGAGCAUUUCAUCACAAGCUGUGAGCAAGAAAUCUGAUAAACAUCCCCACAGCAAUGUUUCUGGAAAAGUAACGGCAAAAGAGACUGUUUCAUUGCAACCAGCCAGCAGUGAAUCUAAAAAGCUAAUGACAAAUGAAAGUGGAGCUACAACUACCGUUUCAUCACAAGCUGCGAGCAAGAAAUCUGAUAAACAUCCCCACAGCAAUGUCUCUGGAAAAGUAACAGCAAAAGAGACUGUUUCAUUGCAACCAGCCAGCAGUGAAUCUAAAGAGCUAAUGACAAACGAAAGUGGAGCUACAACUACCGUUUCAUCACGAGCUGUGAGCAAUAAAUCUGAUAAACAUCCCCACAGCAAUGUUUCUGGAAAAGUAACGGCAAAAGAGACUGUUUCAUCACAACCAGCCAGCAGUGAAUCUAAAAAGCAAAUGACAAAUGCAAGUGGAGUAACAACUACCGUUUCAUCACAUGAUGCCAGCAAUAAAUCGGAAAAGGUAAUGGCAAAAGAGACAAAUUUAUCGCAAUCUUCAAGCAAUCUAUCUGAACAGGUGACAACAAAAGAGACCAUUUCUACGCAAUCAACAAGCAAUGAAUCUGAUAAAAAUCCACUCACAUCGUCAGCAGAAACUGACGACAAUGAGAUUCCGAAUUUGGACUCGCCACGUGGCAUCAUGCGGAAGGCCGCCUCGGAGAAGUGGGAACGCGAAGUGGCUGUGAAAUUCACCAAGAAAUCCAGCUCAGUUAAAACCUCGCCGAUCCACAAAGCCGAGGCCACCUUGAGAAUCAUGCUGGCACAGUCGGCCAGUGCAUCGAGCGCGAGGCUAGCAUCUCGAACCGGUCUGCACGGCGUUACGAGGACCACUUCAAGAGAGAAGAUCGACCCCAUUUCUCCUCAGUCCCCGUCACCGAGAACGCCGACGAAGCCUGCAUCCCCUGUUUCCAUGGCAACCAAUGGGAGGAAGAUAAGCACCUCAUCAACUCCGAGUCAGACCUCGAUCAGAGAGGAGGAGGAGGCAAAACCACCUCCCACCCCUACGUCACCAGCGCCGGCUCCAUCACCAGUAAUCGACCUGUUUGCGGAGAAGCAGGAGUUGAUUGAGCCAGUGCACUAUGAGGAACACAUUCUGAAGAACAGAAAUGUCAUCAACAAUGACCCGCUUCGAUCCCUCAUCCAGUUCCCCUAUGAUGAUCUCUCGGCAUCAACGUUACCGAGACAAUUACGUACCACUAAAUCCACAGUACCAGAAAGAGCUUUACAAGAAGCCUCAUCGCUGUUUGUUAAAGAGAGCAUUAAUGGCUACAUGACAGAGUGGAAGGUCAUUAAUAACAAAUACAGCAACUAUGGCGGACCUUUCCAAGAUGUUCCGGGCUACCAGAAGGAGUUCCAGCCCCACCAACUACGGGAGCAGGUCUACGAGGUGGACGAUGCAGAUGAGAACCAGGAGAUGACAAUGAAUUCACCCUCGGGUAAUAUAUUCAUGCAAGGAUUCCUGUACAAGACACCCUUUGGCCAACAGGCGGGGUUGAUUAGGGCCUACAAGAGGAGGUAUUUCUAUCUGCGUCAGCUCGCCGAUAAGUCUUUCCUAAUUGAGUAUCAUAAAGAUGAGAAGAGCAACGCGGCUAAGGGGAACUUACCCCUCGACUCUCUGGUGGAUGUCGUCAAGACGGGUAAGCAGCGCAAGUUUGGCAUGGAGCUCCGGAUGCAGGACCAAUCGGUCCAGAGCAUCGCUGCCGAGAACCAGCAACAGAUGGACGAGUGGUACAGUGCCCUCAAGAAGGUCAUCGAGCAGCAGAAACAAGAAACCAUCGCCGACAAGCACAGCAUGUCUUCCAUGGAGGACUUGUUGGACCAAGAAGAGUACGCUGAUAGUGGGGAUUCUUUGCUGGACAAAGCCGGAUCCAAGAAACAGGAGAAGAGCAAACACCCGGAGCUGCAGGGAUACGGCAAGGAGACGGAGAAGACCAACUCACAGAAACGCAAGGAGAACAGAAACAAUGUCUUCUUACUCUACCCUAGGAUGCAGGGUGGAGAGAAAGUCAUGACAGAACCAGACUGCAAACCCUACGAGGAGGAAUUCGGCAAACGAUUUGUCGUGAAUUUCCUGCGGCUUAACUUCCGAUUGUCUGCCACCCUUGGCAAGGAUGGAGAACCCAUUGAAGGCGCAUCAGACAGAAUGGAAAACAUUGAGCAAUUCUUCACCUCCCUGGCCCUCUUUGACGCCCGCGACAACCGCAAGCUCUCGGAGGACUUCCGCAUUGAUCUCAACAACCAAUUCAUCCGCGCCUUCAUGGACAAGUGUCGGGAUCUGCCCAACGGGGCUACGGCUCCUGGACCUGGCGGUGAACGACGGAGACCCAGCACCUUGCCCAACGUUGAUGGGCUGGAUGAAAACUGGCUCAAGUACCCACAAAAGGCCAUCUUUUCUGUCAAGAAGCCUCACCCAGAAAUCUACCUUGUCAUCAGAAUAGAGAAGGUAUUACAGGGAGGCAUUGCGCAGUGUGCCGAGCCUUACAUCAAGACCGGCGAUGUCUUCAAGACUUGCCAGAAAGUGAUGAAGCAGGCUAAGAUCUUCUGCAGUAGGAUGGGGCAGUACAGAAUGCCGUUUGCAUGGACUGCAAGGCGCGUCUUCAACGACUACAGCGAGUUGGACUCGACUGGUGACUUCUUCCCUCUCUACCGUCAGGAGAGCAACAAGCUGAGCGACGAGGACCUUCUCAAGCAACUGCAGGACGUCAGGAAGAAUCCUGAGAAGCUGUCCAAGCUGACCGAGAUCCCAGGGUCCGUCAGAGUGAUCCUCGAGCCACUCACGAGAAUGCUGUCCAAUUGCCUAACAUCAUCCCUGAUACCCACAAUGCCCUGGCCCGAGCCGCCCUUGGCUCCGCCCACACUUGAGGUGGAGGAGUUCCUGCCAGAGAAGGGCGACCUCUCUCAGCCCUUCACGACCUACACCAACAACCUCUACGUCUAUCCAGUACAACUCAAAUACGACAGUCAGAAGACUUUCACUAAGGCAAGGAAUAUUGCUCUGUGUGUGGAGUUCCGUGACUCUGAUGACGAGGGUGCUCAACCAUUGAAAGCCAUCUAUGGUCAUCCUGGAGGUCCCGUCUUCGUCACCUCGGGGAGCGCUGCAGUACUGCAUCAUCAUCAAGUACCUGACUUCUAUGAAGAGAUCAAGAUAGCCCUUCCCACCCAGUUACACGACAAGCAUCAUUUGCUGUUCCGGUUCUACCACGUGAGCUGCGAGGUGGGCAAGGGUACCGUCAAGAAGAGGGACACCGUAGAUUCAUUUGUUGGUUAUGCCUGGAUUCCUCUGCUGGAUGCUGGAAAACCCAACUGUGGUGAUCUGUCGGUAUGCGUGUCCUCCAACCUACCACCAGGCUACCUGGGCAGCAAGGGCAUGGGAAAGCUGGAUUUGAAACUUGUUGAUGGAGGGAAACAGCUGCUGAAAGUCCACAUCAGAUUGGCAUCCACCAUCUACACAACGGCCCAUCAUCUUCACAACUUCUUUGCUUCAUGUGAGAACUGGGACAGCAAGAACACUGAUUCAGUGGUUCAGUACAUCAAGGCCAUGCAUGCAGUGGACACGGACGCCUUGAUCAAGUUCCUGCCUGUGAUACUGAACCAACUUUUCCGCAUUCUGCCAAUGGCUAUGAUGGACGGGGUGCAACUCAACAUUGUCAGGCUGAUUGUUUUCAUCGUGUCUCAAGUCCAUGAAGUUGGGAGGGAGGAUGUACUCUACUCAUACGUCAAGUACGUAUUUGAGACAGGGAAGGAAACGGAACUUCAGAAGACCGUUCAUGAGGAGCUUGUGAAGAACCUGGCCAUGUCAUUACGGCCCAGCACGGACCACCAAGUCAUCAAGAGUCUUAUGAAGCACAUGUGGUUCUUCUUCAACAUCAUAAUCAAGAGCAUGGCCCAGUACCUGAUCAAGGGCAGCAGGCUCGAUCUCAGCCGCAUCAAGCGUUUCUCCACCAACUUUCAGACGGGUCUGCGUAACCUGGUGCAGACCCUAAUGCCCCACAUCCUGCAGAAGCAGGACGUCAGGCAGCGGCAGGACGCCAAGGACGCCAACUUCCAUCUGGCCAACUUCAUCAAGCGUUGCUUCACUUACAUGGAUCGAGGGUUUGUCUUCCGCCUCGUCAAUUGCUACAUGGGUUUUUUCAGCCCCGAUGAUCCGAAGCCGGUGUUUGAGAUGAAGUUUGAGAUGAUCCGGGUUUUGUGCAGCUAUGAGCAUUACCUUGCGCUGAACCUCCCCUUGCAGAAGAAGGGCCAGCAAUCCGGAAAGAACUUCAAGAGCACCAGCGGCUCAGCCGUGGCAAGUGCCUACAUGGGAAAUAUGCGGAAAUAUGUGCAAAUCCGCCCUGCCAAAGAACAGUAUAAAGACCUCCACUACGAUUACCAGUUGACAGAGGAGUACUGCCAGAACCAUUUCCUGACCGGUCUCCUACUGAGAGAGGUCGGCUCAGGGCUGCACGACGUCACCGAAGUACGGCAGAACGGAAUCCGUGUCUUGAGGAACUUGCUAGCCAAACACAGCUUUGAUGAUCGCUUUCUUUCAAAGCAAUACCAGGCCCGUAUCGCGGCCCUCUACCUCCCACUAAUCGCCAUCAUCCUGGAGAACGCCCCCCGCCUAACCAGGGAGGCCCCACCCACUCCUGGCUCCGCCUCCAUGAACGGCGACUCCAUGUUCGACAUAUCGGCCCUGUCGACCAGUUCUCUCCUCACGGACUCGCCGGGGACUGACAGAAGCAACAGUGUGACGGGUUCAUCCAAGACCAAAUCACUUCAGAGGGACUCGGCCGUGCUUGAUAUGAUUGCGGGCAGAGCUCAUUCCUUCAGUGUCGGCACCUCCAAUGUCAAGACCAUUGGACUGGGAGUGCGGCAUUCCACGUCGAUUCCGGGCUUAACCAAUCAGCAAAACCGACGGAUGAGCGCGGGAGGUUUGUCCGAGAUUUCAUCCGCGUCCACAAAGUCCAUCAAUGAGGUCAGCCGGUCGGAUCGGGGCGGGUCCGGCAGAUCGGAUCGCAGCAGUACACGCUCCGACCGCAGCAGCACGCGAGCCAAUCGUCUGUCCUGGAUGGGCAUGCCAGACACCCUCCGUAGCCUUCAUCUUACCUUACCCGGUCUCUCCUCCUCCCAAACCCACCUGACCCCGCCCACCUCCUCACCAGGAGACGCGAGCCCGCGUCGGUUUCGCAAGCAGCACCCCCUUAGCAUGGUAGGCAAGGGGGACCACGGCUUGGUCUCUUCAACCCCAGAAGGUACACCCAUUAUAUCCGACCCUCGCCCACUGGAGCAUUUAGACCGGACUGGCUCUAGUGGCUCGCUUAGCAGUAGUGGUAGUGGCGUUCCGUUUGUGUCUGUGGUCAAUGGCGGUUCGUCGGGAAUUGCGCCCUCAUCCACACACACCUCUCUGCUUUCAGACUCGUCGGAGAAGAGCGAUUCCCAGUCUACGAUUACGGGGAGUACCGCCACCGCGGCGUCGGCUUCCGUGAAGGGCCACCAACGGAGCAAGUCGACCAUCAUGUACGACAAGCUGUUGGACCAUGAGAUUAAGGAUCUGCUGAUAUGCCUGCUGUACAUUGUCAAGAAUGUCAAUGAAGAGGUGCUGCUGGGCUGGUGGAGUAAAUCUGGUGAGGACGACCAGAUCAAGCUCUUUGAUGUCUUAGAAAUGUGCCUGUUUCAUUUCCAGUACAAGGGCAAGAAGCACAUUAUAGCUUCCAGAUUGCGUGAAAAACCGACCAGUCACAUAGAAGAAAAGAGCAAGACGCUUCCAGCUGCGAAAGCCAGAGCAAUGCAGACAAGAUCUCUGCAUGGAGAACUACCAGUCCUUACCGCUAUGGCAGAGGCUGAAAGUGCACCACGGGUGCUCCAAGAAUCCAACCUGUCUGCCGAGGUGAGCUUGAUCGUCUUGGAUGUCCUGGGCACCUACUGCACACACUUCAAGCCCAACCUGGACAUGGACGAUGGUGAUAAUCCCCUCAUGCGUAAGGUCAUGGACAUCUUCCUGUCCUUCAUCAAGAUUGGUCAGUCAGAAUCCCUGUCCAAACACGUCUUUGCUUCGCUGCGAUCCUUUGUCCACAAGUUCCCGGUGGCCCUCUUCAAGGGAAGUGCACAGCUCUGCGGUGAUCUCUGUCUUUCAACUCUCAAGUGUCUGAACUCCAAGCUUCCAUCACUACGGAGCGAGGCCUGCGCCCUGCUGUACCUGAUCAUGAAGGAGAACUAUGAAUUCACAAGCAGGAAGGACUUUGUCAGGGUGCAUCUGCAGGUUGUGAUCUCGGUCUCCAAGCUGAUCGGUGAUGCCAACAGUGUACGGUUCCAGGAAUCCCUGGCGAUGAUCAACAACUAUGCAGUCAGUGACAAGAACAUGUCUCAAACCCAGUUUCCGUCCCACGUCAAAGACCUGACCAAGAAGAUCCGCACCGUCCUGAUGGCCACGGCGCAGAUGAAGGAGCACGAGAAGGAUCCGGAGAUGCUGGUGGACCUGCAGGAUAGCUUGGCUAAGAGCUACGCCAGCACGCCGGAGCUGCGACGGACCUGGCUGGAAAGCAUGGCCGUCAUUCACAUCAAUCACAGUAACUACUCCGAGGCUGCUCACUGUAACAUCCACAUAGCGGCGCUGAUUGCUGAAUACCUGAAGAGGAAAGGGAUCUACCCAGCUGGCUGCCAAGCAUUCAAGGACGUCUCCCCCAACAUUGAGAGUGAAGAGAGAGGCAUGAAGGACGAUACGGGACUAGAAGACGUACAGUACUCAGAGCAAACACUACUUCAUCAGCUGGAGAGAUGCGCGGAGGCGCUGCAGAAAGCUGAGCGCUACGAGUCAAUGGGGGCGCUCUACAAACUCAUCAUUCCAUUCUACGAGAAACAGAGGGAUUAUCAUCGUCUUGCCAUGGCGUAUGGUAAGCUCUGUGAAGCCUACAAGUCCGUCAUGAAAGUCACCAGCUCGGGCCGGAGACUGCUGGGCCAGUACUUCCGAGUGGCUUUCUUUGGACAGCAUUUUGAGGAGGAUGACGGCAAGGAGUUCAUCUACAAGGAGCCCAAGAUCACCACGCUGGCCUCCAUCUGUGAGAGACUCAUAGGCCUGUACACUGAGAAGUUUGGCAAGGGGAACGUCAAACUCAUCAGGGAUUCCUCCAAGGUGAAUCCAGACGACCUAGAUCAAAAGAUUGCCUACAUCCAGCUGACGUUCGUCAAGCCGUACUUUGACGAUCACGAGCUGCAGGACAGACAGACUAGCUAUGAACGCAACAACAACAUCCGACGCUUCCUCUAUGAGACGCCAUUCACGGAAGGAGGGAAGGCGCGGGGCACGGUGGAGGAACAAUGCAAACUGAAGACGAUGCUGACAACAUCUCACGCAUUCCCUUACGUCAAGAAGCGAAUCCAAGUGGUCUACCAGUUCCACAAGAAGCUGAAUCCCAUCCAGGUGGCCAUCGAUGAGGUCAAGGCCAAGGUACAAGAACUCAACGACGUCAUCGAAACAGAACAGAUAGACAUGAAACGGUUGCAGCUUCUGCUACAGGGAUGCGUCAGCACACAGGUGAAUGCUGGACCGCAAGCCUAUGCCUUGGCAUUUCUUGGCAAGGGCAAGGAGGAGAAAUGGGACCCCCAAGAUGUCUGGGAGCUCAAGAAACUUUUCAGGGAAUUUGUGGAAGUGUGUGGCAAAGCGUUGAGCAUCAACGCUCGCUUGAUCAAAGAGGACCAGCAUGAGUACCACGAUGACAUGGUGCAGAAGUACAGAGCAAUGGCCGCCAUGCUGGCAGAGUUACUACAAGAUCAGAUGAAGGAGCAGGAAGCUCCAGGCAGGAGGGUGUCGGGUCAUUUCUUCAACGCCAUCAGCGGGAUGUGAGCCCGGGACCACUCAUUCACUAUGCACAGUGCUCAACCAAUAGCUCCUAGAUUCUCUACGCAAACUACUAGUGCCAGUGACCUCAGUUGACCUUUGACCUUGAUUUGCAAGCUGGUAAUCCGCUAUGCGAAUCGUGUGGGAUCAUCUAACGGGAACCAGUGAUUAUUUAUAUUUGUGUGAUAAGUUAACUGGUAAUAUUUUCUAAAGAUGGUGAAGAUCGCUUAUUCUUUGUAGUAAAGUGUAAGUGGUAAGUUUAUGAUCAAAUUGUUACAAAGUUAGCAUAAAUUUCCAUUUUUAUUUUUCAUACCGUGAAAUAUUUAAAAAUGACAACCUUGCCUAAUUUAAGAAAAAUGAUGUAUGUUUGCAGUGGCUUCCUUGGUUUUUAUCAUAAAAAUAUGCAUAAAUAAUUAAAUUAGUUAACGUUUUGUACAUGAGAAUAGUCAUAUAUAAUAUUUUAAGUGCAGAUUUGUGUAUGCCCAGUACAAAAUAGUAGUUUAUUUGUAAUCUAGACUCUAUCUGAUAACCCUUGCUUUAAAGAUUCAUAAACAAGAUGUCCUUUGCUGAUGCCAGUUUCCAUGGAAAUAAUUUGUGUGGCUUUGGGGAUUAUGCUGUUACAAACAAAAAAGUUGGUGUCCACAAAAUUAACUCAAAAUGUUUGGUUUGAUCUCAUGCGAAUCCUCUUUGACCAAGAAGUUAAAAUUUCAUGCAAAAAUUAUCCUCUGCGUUGUAGAAAAUAAAAUAAAAACUAACAACUAAAUGGAAUACAUGUUAGAAUACUUAGGUUUCAUGUUAGAAUACUUAGGUUUUCAUGUACUAUCGAGUAUCUGGGGCAAUUGUAAUGUAAAAUAAACUGUGAAAAUAAAUGAGAUUUUAAGAUCUAGAGAUAACAUUGAAAGUAUUUUUUAAGAUGCAACCCACCGCUAUAAAUGGCCCCAUUGCAUCCAAUUCACAUCCGACUUUGAAAUAUUUCUGAUUUGUAGUCCUGUUCUAUGCUCAACGUGCCAAAUUGUGUGAUCAUCUCAGUGUAGCGUUUCAUGUUAGUACGUCCCAUUUACUCCUAAAGUUUAGCUGGAUUGAAGACUGGACAAAAUAUAUUGUCAACAUUUUAUAAUUAUAUCGGUUAUCACCUUUGUUCAAAGCACAGUGUGCAAAUUUUAAGUCAUUCUCGACAAAUAUACCAAGAUCUUUUAAAAUCUAAACAAAAGCUUUUCAAGAAAGGCUUACCUACCAUAUUGGUAAAGUGGUAGAACGUUACUAAUUUACUGUAAAUAUUUUUUUUAUGAUGUGUAACAUUUUAAGCUGAAUGAUAUUUUGUAAUAUUGGAGUUUAAUGAUGCAAGUAGAUAAUAGAUGUCUUAAAAUGGAGCAAAGCUAGUACAGUAGAAAAAUGCAAACAAUUAGAAAAGGCUUUGAAUCUGUGAAGCCUUAGAUGACAGAUUUUAAAUUUAAAAUAUCUGAACGGAAAUCCAGUACUUAAUAUUGCCGAUAAGUUAUCUCUUUGAACUUAAUGAUCAAAAACAACCUGCACACUGUUUUAAUUUUCUUUAUAUGCAAGGCAGAAAAAGUGCACGAGACUAAAAUGCAAAAGUAAUCCUUAUAAAAUCUUCAUGAUGAUGAUGCAAGUUUCAGAAAUCCACCAACGAUGCACCUUAAAAUGUAUACUUCAAGCAGCCGCAUGUCAAUAAGCAACUGAUCUCUUUUGUUAAACUUGGUUUAACAUUUAACCUUGUAUGGCAAUGGAUAAUGCAAAAAUGCAAAAGACAUCAAAAAUUGAAUUUAAAAUUUACUCCUGGCUGUCUCUGUGUGUACCAAUGCAUAUCUCUGCCAAAAAAUAUCUUGAUGAAAAUGUCUUUCCUAGUCAAAAAAAAAAGAAGAAAGAAAGUUGUAAUAUGAUUACCAUAACCAAUGCAUAUACUUUUACGCAACCUUGUGUUUUAUAUUUCCUUUGUUUUAAGAUUGUUUAUAUAUUUUGAGUUUCCUGUUGAGUGAUUACUUUGCUAAUUUUAAAUUUAUGAUUUGGUCUUAUAUCCUUCCUUUUGGGUGAUUUGGUAUAUUUUUCAUAUGUGUUAAUUUUUUGGCGAGGUUUCUAAGAUUGUUAUGCUUUUUGGUUUAAAAUAUGGUAAGGUAUGAUGAGGGUUCAGUAUAGGUCUCUCUCAAGUGAUGUCACUUCCUGCAUUUUGGGCAUUAAAUUUUUGUGACACACACAUCAGCUGCGCCGUACUUCAAAGAAAUUUUGAGCAACACGCGGGUGUGUUAAGAACAUUUUGCACGCUGCGCACACGCGCACACCUGAUGGCGUUGAACAUGCAGUUAUAAUUUUCCUACAAAGAUGGCGUCCUAUUAGAGAGAUCUAUUUUGUUUUCCCCAGGGUAGGGGUUGAGGUUUCUGCAUAGAUGGAAUGUACAUUUUAUGGUUGUGUAUGCAAACAGUUUGGCAAUUGGUGCUUUAGAGUUACCUAGAUGAAGAGUGGGCUGAAUUCUUGAACUUCAGGUACGUGAUUUUUCCACACCCCAAAAAAAUUCAAGUAACAGCUAUUUACAGCUUUCACACAGAAUGGUUUAUUGUCUGUAGAAAUGUAAUAUAGCUCAUUAUUAUUCAUUUUUGACUUUAAAACUUGACAUUUGAACUUAGGCUUGUCCUGGAGUAUUGGGUGAAAGAGAAGGGAACAAAUGCGUACAGAAGUCAAUUUAUUUUCCCUAGGAGGUAAAAAAGGUGAUAUCAAGAUAUUUGCAAACCAUAUGUUAGAACAGUGUUUGUAAUUGACCGUAUCAAUUUAGUAGUGCCAAAAUGUAUAAUUCUGGGUUUUCCACACAUUUUUAAAGCUGAUUUUAAGGUCGAAGCUUUUCUAAAAAAACUGCAAAUUUGUAAUUUUCCAAUUUGACCGUAGAGGAAGGUAUUUUAUUAUUUUGUAAAUUUAUUUUGUGUGUAAACUUGCGCUAUAAUAAACCUUGUAUUUUUAUCCAGCCUUGAUUUGAAAUGUCAUCUUAAUGAAUAUUCAUUUAUUCAAAUUAAUGUUAUAGAGGUGAAGGGUUGCCCUGGUUUUUUUUUUAUUGC